GCGGGCGUCCGCCAGCCCCGCCGGCCCGAGAGGAGGGCGCGCCGGGGGUGCGGUCGCCCGGCUUCCCCUGGCCGGCUCCGCCCCGCCCCGCCCCUUCCCCGUCCCUCCUCCAUCUUUUGCCGCUUUUAGGCGACCUCUCCGACCUCGCUAGGUUUGCAGAUUUAAAGGAAAAGGCGGUGAUUUGGGGAGCGUCGCCGCUGCGCAAAGCUUUUCAGGCUGGGCGGCGAGGUCUGCUUCUCUAGAGCCUGAAACCUCCCGUCCUCAGAGCAGCGCGGCGACCUCACCCAGCAGAGCGACCCCCACCUUUGGUCCUAAACACAAACUGUGCACGUGUGCAUUCAGCCCGGCGGGGCACGGCUGCGGGGGGAAAGGCUGGGGCAAUGCGGGGAUGGACAAUCGGCUGCCGAAAAAGGCGAAGUCACUUCGGACCUGUGUAUUAUGUACUUACGCAUCGCUUGAGGAGCGUACGUUUACUGAAUUGAAAAAGAAAAGAGAAGGGGACGUUGAGGCAAGCUGGGCAGUUACAGACGCUGCAGAAGGAAUUGAGAAGCAGAAAGGGAAGUGAAAAAGAACCUGAAGAAAACUACAUUCAAGUCGGAAUAUCAGAGGGGAGCUGGGGCGGAGGACUGUCAGAGGGAGAUCAGAUCCGCUAGCCAGAAACGGCUUAGGAAGAGAUCCCCAAAAUAGAAGAGGAAGGGCAGUGAGGGGCCAAGCGGACAGAAAGGGAAAUUCACUUCCUCCUCCAAGAACACCUUCCCGGGUCAGCGUCCAUUCAACAAGCAUCUACUGAGUGUCCACUGUGCCCAGCACGGUGCUAGGCUCUUCGGGGCUUCGCAGUCUGACGGGAGAGAAAGCCCUGUGACUAGAUAAUGGCAGCCUUGUGUCCAGAAGGGUUAUGAACAGAACAGCGGCGCCCCGGACACCGUUGGAAAGUUCUACACGAGACCCGACCAGGGGAGAGGAGGUUUGGAAAUGUGUCUCUAGGUCUCCCAGAGGAGAUGAGAUCGGAACCAGCUGUUGUGUCCUCAGCAUCCACUCGGCGAUGGGCAGAGUCGCAUUUGGUGAAGGUUGGCAGAAAAAACAUCAGAAAGUUCAAUACCAGGGUGAGCAGUGGGGGGAACGGAAGAAAGGAAUAUGCCCAGAGAGUGCUGAGCGAAAGAAAGUGGAAUCCAGGACGUCCAUGAGCCAGAGUGGCCAUUCCCCGCCUUUCCCAUCGGUCCCCAGUUCCUCGCCCUCCUGUCCCAUCAGCUACAACGCCCGUCCGGUUUUCCCGCCGCUUGCAGCGGCUCCACCUCCCUGGCAGUCGGUGAAUAAAAGCCCAGCUCUAGGCCACGCCCCCUCCGCGGCUCGGGCGGCGUUUUCCGUUUUCCCUUCUCCUCCUACGCUUGGAGGACCGCCCCUGUUCGCUAAGCCCCGCCCACCUUGGAGGCCCCCCGGGAUACCGGCACCAUUGGCCCCGCCCCCUCCGGGGAUGGCUCUCGGGCGGCCCCGCCCACGCCUGCCCUGUUCAGCUUGCUCGCGGACCUCGCCAGGGGGCGCAGCGCACCCCGCCCGCCGCUGGCGGGAGUGUGUCCCCCACACCCCUUCUGCCCCGCGCGCCGGCAAUUCCCAGCCCACUCCGCCUCGGCUCCGGGCCUGCGGGGCCGCGCCGGCCCGACUCCGGGAGGGGCCGGGGGUCCCCGAUGGCCGCGGCAGGGUCUCGCAGACCGAGUGUGUAAGCCGCGGGGCGCCAUGGAGGCGGAGCCGCGGCCGACGACGGGGCCCGGCGACCGGGCGACCCCUGGGCUGGAAGCGGCGCCUCCAGCUGCCCCGGCGCCUGCGACCGCCACCUCGGGUCAGAUCCCCGGGUCCGCGUUCGGACCCGAGCCCAAGAGGAGGCAGUUCGGGACGCUGCUCCAGCCCACGGUCAACAAGUUCUCCCUUCGCGUGUUCGGCAGCCACAAAGCUGUGGAAAUCGAGCAGGAGCGGGUCAAGUCCGCGGGCGCCUGGAUCAUCCACCCCUACAGCGACUUCCGGUUUUACUGGGACCUGGUCAUGCUGCUGCUGAUGGUGGGGAACCUCAUUGUGCUGCCCGUGGGCAUCACCUUCUUCAAGGAGGAGAACUCGCCGCCUUGGAUCGUCUUCAACGUCCUCUCUGACACUUUUUUCCUGCUGGAUCUGGCGCUCAACUUCCGCACGGGCAUCGUGGUAGAGGAGGGCGCUGAGAUCCUGCUGGCUCCGCAGGCCAUCCGCACACGCUACCUGCGCACCUGGUUCCUGGUUGACCUCAUCUCCUCCAUCCCCGUGGAUUACAUCUUCCUGGUGGUGGAGCUGGAGCCACGCCUGGACGCUGAGGUCUACAAAACAGCGCGGGCUCUCCGCAUCGUGCGCUUCACCAAGAUCCUCAGCCUCCUGCGGCUGCUCCGCCUCUCCCGCCUCAUCCGCUACAUACACCAGUGGGAGGAGAUCUUUCACAUGACCUAUGACCUGGCCAGCGCGGUGGUGCGCAUCUUCAACCUCAUCGGGAUGAUGCUGCUGCUCUGUCACUGGGACGGCUGCCUGCAGUUCCUGGUCCCCAUGCUGCAGGACUUCCCCCCCGACUGCUGGGUCUUCAUCAACCGCAUGGUGAACCACUCGUGGGGCCGCCAGUAUUCCCACGCCCUGUUCAAGGCCAUGAGCCACAUGCUGUGCAUUGGCUAUGGGCAGCAGGCACCAGUGGGCAUGCCUGAUGUCUGGCUCACCAUGCUCAGCAUGAUUGUGGGCGCCACCUGCUAUGCCAUGUUCAUCGGCCACGCCACCGCCCUCAUCCAGUCCCUGGAUUCCUCCCGGCGUCAGUACCAGGAGAAGUACAAGCAGGUGGAGCAGUACAUGUCCUUCCACAAGCUGCCGGCUGACACACGGCAGCGCAUCCAUGAGUACUACGAGCACCGCUACCAGGGCAAGAUGUUUGAUGAGGAGAACAUCCUAGGCGAGCUGAGUGAGCCACUUCGGGAGGAGAUCAUCAACUUCACCUGCAGGGGCCUGGUGGCCCACAUGCCGCUGUUCGCCCACGCGGACCCCAGCUUCGUCACCGCGGUGCUCACCAAGCUGCGCUUCGAGGUCUUCCAGCCGGGGGACCUCGUGGUGCGUGAGGGCUCCGUGGGCAGGAAGAUGUACUUCAUCCAGCACGGGCUGCUCAGGGUGCUGGCACGCGGCGCCCAGGACACCCGCCUCACUGAUGGAUCCUACUUCGGGGAGAUCUGUCUGCUGACCCGGGGCCGGCGCACAGCCAGCGUGCGGGCCGACACCUACUGCCGCCUCUACUCACUCAGCGUGGACCACUUCAACGCUGUGCUCGAGGAGUUCCCCAUGAUGCGCCGGGCCUUUGAGACUGUGGCCAUGGAUCGGCUGUGCCGCAUUGGUAAGAAUUCCGUCCUGCGGCGGAAACGCUCCGAGCCAAGUCCGGGCAGCAGCGGGGGCAUCAUGGAGCAGCACUUGGUGCAACAUGACAGGAACAUGGUUCGGGGUGUUCAAGGCCUGGCCCCGGGCACAGGAGCUCGGCUCAGUGGAAAACCAGUGCUGUGGGAGCCACUGGUGCACGCGCCUCUGCAGGCAGCCGCCGUGACCUCCAGCGUGGCCAUCGCCCUGACUCACCAGCGGCAACCCCUGCUCCUCUCCCCUGACUCUCCAGCCACCCUCCUUGCUCGCUCAUCGGGCUCCCCAGCCUCCCCGCUGGCGCCUGUUCGAGCGGGCCCUCUGCUGGCCCGGGGGCCAUGGGCAUCCACCUCCCGCCUGCCGGCCCCACCUGCCCGAACCCUCCAAGCCAGCCUAUCCCAGGCUGGGCGCUCCCAGGUGUCCCUGCUGGGGCCGCCCCCAGGAGGAGGUGGACGUCGACUAGGACCUUGGGGCCGCCCACUCUCAGCAUCCCAACCCUCCCUGCCUCAGCGGGCAGCGGGCGAUGGCUCUUCUGGGCGGAAGGGCUCAGGAAGUGAACGCCUGGCCCCCUCAGGGCUCCUGGCCAAGCCUCCAGGGAUAGCCCAGCUCCCCAGGCCACCAGUGCCUGAGCCAGCCCCCCCUAGGGGCCCCCAGCUCUCUGCCAACAUGUGAAACCCCUAGGUAAGCUCUCAGGUGCAGUAGUGAGUACCUGAAGGCAGACGCCUCUUGGGGAAGGCCAAGGGGACCUGGAACAUCUCCCCUUACUGCCAAAACGAUAGUUUCUGUCCUCAGCUCAGGCACCCUGCAGCCUCCUCGUCCACUCGCCCAUUCAUCAAAUGUACUGAGCGCCUGCCCUGUUCACGGCACUGUCUCCACUGCCAAAUAGAAGUGACUCCAAGCCCUCGGCGAAGGUGUUCCCUCAGCCAUGGUCCUGCCAGGUGCAGGCCCAGGCCCGUGAUCCCUCCUUAUUAAGCACAAGUACUUGCCACUGCCAUCACUGCCAAGUAGCCAGAUGUCUGUUUCUCUGCCCAUGACCCUGCAGGGUCUGCCUGGAGGGGCUAUCUUCCUGUCCCCCUAGCAUAGCCAGCCGGUUACCUGUGCCCCAUGCUGUCAACAAAUGUUUAGGGUCACCAGUGUGGGGAUCCACCGUCACUGCCAUGUGCAGGACCCCCUCUCUAUCCCCCCUGGGUGGGAACACGUCUCCUGCCAAGUUCCCUGCACUGUCUCUCAUAGAGCUGUCUCUUUGUAAACUGGGAGCCACCUCCUCCCUGCGUCCCUGCCCCACUGGCGUCCCCCUUGAAGCUAAGGGAUGUUCGGCACCUCUUAUUUAGUGUACCAGCCUAGAUCCCCCAGGUGAGGGCAAGUGGCUGAAUCCUUAGAUGGCACUUUUUUCUUUCCUUCUUCCCUUCCUUAUUUAUUUAUUUAUUCAAUUAUUUAAUAAUUAUAUUUAUUCAUUUGCUAA